CUCUUCACUGUUCAUUAGAGUUCAAUGGAAGACGACACUGGAGAACGAUCAAGCUUCGUCGUUGGAUUCAUCGAGAACCGUGCCAAGGAGGUGCGACUAUAGCUUUGGGUUUAAUAAAUUUGAAGAAGUGAUUAGAUUAUGCUUAAUUUUAAGCAUGGGGUCAGAGAAUAUGUGGAUAUUCUAUACCUGGAAUUUAUUGGCAUAUAUUGAAGUAAUGCAGAUGCUAAGCAGGUCAUCAAUAUUUACAAGUGUCGUGGUAAACUGGUAGUUUGGAGUUUAUCAAAUUUGAAGAAGAGAUGGUAUUAUGCUUAAUUUCAAGCGUAUGUCUGGCAAUGUUGAUAUACAAUGUGCUAUUCGUUGAUGUAUGGAGGUAAUCAAGAUGUGUGACUGCUGUAGUGAACAGAUAUGUAGACAGUCGUUGGAGAAGUGAGAGCAACUGAACUAGUGAAAACGAAGGUUCUGAUUUAGUUCCGAUGGAGGAAACAAAGAAUGUUUAUAAGGUUGGAGUAGCUGCGUUUGACUUGAGAUCAGCAUCACUGCAUCUUUCUCAGUAUAUAGAGACUAGCAGCUCCUAUCAAAAUACAAAGACUUUACUACGGUUCUAUGAACCUAUGGUGAUCAUUGUUUCCCCAAAUAAACUGGCGGCGGAUGGAAUGGUCGGAGUCUCACAACUAGCGGACAGAGUUUGUUCCUCCACAAAAAAGGUUAUAAUGGCUCGUGGUUGCUUUGACGACACCAGAGGAGCUGUACUGGUUAAAGGUUUAGCUGCUAAGGAACCGUCUGCUCUUGGUCUGGACUCAUACUACAAGCAAUACUAUUUGUGCUUGGCUGCAGCAGCUGCAACUAUCAAGUGGUAUGAUGCUAUGGCGACUUCCAAUUUGUUGGACGUCUUGUUGAAAUACUUCAUCUGCUCUUCUUGCAUGACCGAAGCAGAGAAAGGUGUAAUUAUAACAAAUCACUCUUUGCUGGUAACUUUCAAUGGAUCUUUUGACCACAUGAACAUUGAUUCCACCAGUGUUCAGAACUUGGAGAUAAUUGAGCCUAUGCACUCUUCUCUAUUGGGCACAAACAGCAAAAAGAAGAGUUUAUUCCACAUGCUUAAAACAACUCGAACUAUUGGAGGGACUAGACUUCUGAGGGCAAAUCUUUUGCAGCCAUUGAAAGACAUAGAGACAAUUAACACACGUCUUGAUUGCCUGGAUGAGUUGAUGAGCAAUGAGCAGCUAUUCUUUGGCUUGUCUGAGGCCCUUCGUAAGUUUCCUAAAGAAACAGAUAGGGUCCUUUGUCACUUUUGUUUCAAGCCAAAGAAAGUUACUAAUGAGGUCUUGGCGUCGGAUAAUGGAAGAAGGAGCCAAAUUAUGAUAUCCAGCAUUAUUCUUCUCAAAACAGCCCUUGAUGCGUUACCGUUGCUCUCCAAGGUGCUUAAAGAAGCCAAGAGUUGUCUGCUAGGAAAUGUUUACAAGACCAUAUGUGAGAAUGAAACAUAUGCUUCAAUAAGGGAAAGAAUUGGAGAGGUGAUGGAUGAAGAUGUCCUUCAUACACGAGUUCCUUUUGUUGCACGUACACAGCAGUGUUUUGCUGUUAAGGCUGGAGCAGAUGGGCUUCUUGAUAUGGCUCGGAGAUCAUUCUGUGACACCAGUGAAGCUAUACACAGUCUCGCAAAUAAGUAUCGUCAAGAUUUUAAGCUGCCGAACUUGAAGAUCCCAUUCAAUAACAGACAAGGGUUUUACUUCAGCAUUCCACAGAAGGACAUACAGGGAAAACUGCCCAGCAAGUUCAUCCAGGUUGUGAAACAUGGAAACAAUGUCCACUGCUCGAGUCGUGAACUUGCUUCAUUGAAUGUGAGGAACAAGUCUGCAGCUAAAGAAUGCUGGUUGAGGACUGCACUUUGUCUGGAAGCAUUAAUGGAUGCAAUACGAGAGGAUGUCUUGGUGCUUACUGUUCUUUCAGAAGUGUUGUGCCUUUUAGACAUGAUGGUAAAUUCAUUUGCUCACACAAUAUCAACGAAACCAGUUGAUAGAUAUACUAGAGCUCGUUUUACGUGUGAUGGCCCAUUGGCAAUUGAUUCCGGAAGGCACCCUAUUCUGGAAAGCAUACACAAUGAUUUCAUUCCAAAUAGUGUCUUUCUUUCCGAAGCAUCAAAUAUGGCUAUUGUAAUGGGCCCAAACAUGAGUGGAAAAAGUACUUAUCUUCAGCAAGUUUGCUUACUGGUAAUCCUUGCUCAAAUUGGUUGCUAUAUUCCUGCUCGAUUUGCCACUUUGAGGGUGGUCGAUCGUAUUUUUACAAGGAUGGGAACAAUGGACAGUCUCGAAUCAAAUUCUAGCACGUUCAUGACAGAGAUGAAGGAGACGGCUUUUAUAAUGCAAAACGUUUCCGAUAGAAGUCUGAUUGUUAUGGAUGAAUUGGGGAGGGCGACUUCAUCAUCUGAUGGAUUCGCAAUCGCGUGGAGCUGUUGUGAGCAUCUAUUAGCACUUAAAGCGUACUCAAUAUUUGCUACACAUAUGGAAAGUCUAUCAGCACUAUCCACCAUGUAUCCAAAUGUGAAAAUUCUUCAUUUUGAUGUCGAUGUGAGAAAUAACCGCAUGGAUUUCAAGUUUCUGCUGAAGGAUGGGUCACGUCAUGUGCCACAUUAUGGCCUCAUGUUAGCAGGGGUAGCUGGAUUACCAUGUUCAGUGGUCGAGGCUGCCAAAAAAAUCACAUCUAGGAUCACAGAGAAGGAAAUGAAGAGAAUGGAAGUUAAUUGCAGACAAUAUGAGGACAUAAAAUUGACUUACCGUGUGGCUCAACGGUUAAUGUGCUUGAAAUAUUCUGAUCAGGAUGAAGAUUCUUUAAGAGAAGCUCUGCAGAACCUUAAGGAAAACUAUAUUGGUGGAAGUCUUUAGAUUAUUAGUAUGAUUUACUCGAUAUAUUUCAUCUAACAUCAACACUGUGACAUGAAGUUUUGAAUCCAUCUGGAAAUCUUGGACUAAAGAAAAUGGUCCAUUGAGAUAACUACUAAAAUGCAAGUGGUGUUCUUGAAUGUCUGAUUCUGAUAAGGUUCUUGAUCUCUCGUGCCGUUUUAGCUUAUUAAAUUGGGAAUAAAACCAUUUUUGGGGGACUUUGUGAGUUUUGUAAAUAAAUAGACAUGGUAUUAUGUGUUAGUAUUAUUUGG